AUGAAAUCAGUAAUAUCAUCAUCAUCAUCAUCAUCAUCAUCAUCAUCAUCAUCAUCAUCAUCAUCAUCAUCAUCAUCAUCAUCAUCAUCAUCAUCAUCAUCAUCAUCAUCAUCAUCAUCAUCAUCAUCAUCAUCAUCAUCAUCAUCAUCAUCAUCAUCAUCAUCAUCAUCAUCAUCAUCAUCAUCAUCAUCAUCAUCAUCAUCAUCAUCAUCAUCAUCAUCAUCAUCAUCAUCAUCAUCAUCAUCAUCAUCAUCAUCAUCAUCAUCAUCAUCAUCAUCAUCAUCAUCAUCAUCAUCAUCAUCAUCAUCAUCAUCAUCAUCAUCAUCAUCAUCAUCAUCAUCAUCAUCAUCAUCAUCAUCAUCAUCAUCAUCAUCAUCAUCAUCAUCAUCAUCAUCAUCAUCAUCAUCAUCAUCAUCAUCAUCAUCAUCAUCAUCAUCAUCAUCAUCAUCAUCAUCAUCAUCAUCAUCAUCAUCAUCAUCAUCAUCAUCAUCAUCAUCAUCAUCAUCAUCAUCAUCAUCAUCAUCAUCAUCAUCAUCAUCAUCAUCAUCAUCAUCAUCAUCAUCAUCAUCAUCAUCAUCAUCAUCAUCAUCAUCAUCAUCAUCAUCAUCAUCAUCAUCAUCAUCAUCAUCAUCAUCAUCAUCAUCAUCAUCAUCAUCAUCAUCAUCAUCAUCAUCAUCAUCAUCAUCAUCAUCAUCAUCAUCAUCAUCAUCAUCAUCAUCAUCAUCAUCAUCAUCAAAUAUGUGCUUACCAUGUACAAUUGUAAUUUGUUGUAGACGUAAGAAAUAUUGGUUUCUGCCUUUUAUGUAG